GUUUAUUCAUUCAUUUGAGAGAGAGACAGCAAGCAGGUGUGAAAGAGCAGGAACCAGGGGGAGCUGCAGGCAGAGGCAGAGGGAGAAGCCGACUGACUCCCCUCCAAGCAGGGAGCCUCUCAUGGGGCUCAAUCCCAGGUCCCCGGGAUCACGGCUGGAGCCGAAGUCGGACGCCUAAGCAUCCGAACCACCCAGGCGCCCCUGUGAAUUUUGGAUUUCCAGUUGGGUCAAAUUGUGAACCUAUGUCGAAUUAAUUUGGGGGGGUUCCUCUUCCUGUAUCCAGUUUUCUUUCUUCCAUUCCUCCUUUUCUUGGGUUUGUUUGGUCCUGGAUAUAUGCUUGGGUUAGGGAGUGUCUUUUUACCCUGUUCAUCUUUCUCCGUUUUUUCUUCCAGAGAGUCUCCAAUCAGCAUCAUUAGGGUUGGAGCCUCUGUCGUGGCAAUGGUCGUAUGGUUUCAGGUGUCCUGGCGUAAGUCAGGGUGUGAAUUGAUACCCUCACUGUGCCACAGGGGUGCCACGGAUGUUUCCCCCACGACCCUGAGGAUGGCGAUCUUGUGCCAAACAGGUUUAGGCAGUGGGGUGGUAAGUGAAAGAGCACAGGACCCACAGCGCAGACGUUGAUAAAGCCAAAGCAUCUUCUGCUACAGCCCUACCUUCUCUCAGUGUGGACGGCUUCCCCUCCCCCCUUUUCCCACUCUACCGAUUCCCUCAGGAGACUAUUUCAUUUCUAGCCCCAUAAAGUCAUGGGUUUUUGUUUCUGUCUCCAGCUAUUCAGACGUGGUGCACAUGUUCUGGGUGUUUAUGGGGAAAGGGAGCUGGGUGGGUCGGCCCCACAGAUGACUGUCCUCUUCCUGCGGGCAUGCCAGUCCAUCUCCCCAGUGUUGGAGUCCACAGCCAGGAAGGUCAUUUUGUCCAUGGCCAGAGUGGGAGCCUCAAGGCCCUGGAUCCAGAGAUGAGUCCCUGGACGCGCUGGGAAGCAACAACACUAAGAGAAAGCAAGUGUGUGGAGGAGGGGUUUUGCACUGGGAGAGAGGUGGAGCACCAAACGGCCGACCCUCCACUUUUGUGUUUCUCAUCAGCUCCUGGGCCCUGGGCUGCCAUGGAUGUGCGCCUCCAAACCCUGAGGGCUCCGGGGGACACACGGUAACGGGGAGAGGAGCGGCAGCUGGGGAGAUGGGCAAGGCCACUCGCGUUGCCUGACCCACAGUGACUCAGGAGGCAGCCAGGGAGCCAUUCUUACAUCUCCCUGGGGUCGUGGCCCCCUUCCUUUCCACCCACAACACAGAGGGUCAUCCCCAGGACGGUGCGUGGGGUGCGCUCUCCCCACCCGGAUCUGUCUGUCUGCCCCAAGCACUGGCCCAACACCCAGUCGGUGGAACUCAAGCACCCCAGUCAGCAGGUCGUGGGGUUGCCGACCUCAGCGGGGAGCCUUGGAGACCGAUACAGGCCAGAUGGAGGUCACACUGAUGGCACCUCCCUCCUAGGUACAGUCAAGUCGCAUCUGUACUCAACUUGUUGGCAAGGAUGGGACAUUGGUUUGGAAACGGAUGGCGACCUCCAUUGGAGCUAACAGAACACGAGCUAACACACAAGCUGGCCCGCAGUUGCCAGUUCCCUCCCAGAUCGUGAUUGUCCCCUCUGAAGCCAGUUAGGAAGCCAAGGAGCACGUCAAGCUGACCCCGUGUCCUCAGUUAAGGUGGGGCCACCCUGUUUGUGAUGUCACUUGCUUUUAUUCAGCUUCUCCUCAGUUCCCUGACGAGAGAGAGAUUCCUGCUCUAGGCUUGUAGGGAUCCCUUGACACCUGACAGAUGUGACUGGCAGCAGUUGACUAGUCACAUAUUCUCACAGUUCAAGGGAGGAGGAUACCACACACUGUGCAGGGCUGCACAGGAAUUGCACUUGGGAACAGAGGGAACAAGCAGGGGCUUGGAAGGCAAGACUUUGUCCUAACAAGAAGGUGGGGCAAGUCCUGGUUCCCUUGGGAGGGUAUGAGUGGCUUGCUUGAAGAAUUCAGUGGGCUUCUAGGGAACUGAACGCUGCUCCCCCAAAUCAACAGGCACUAUGUCUGGUCCCUGUGAUGAGAAGGGUUUUUGCUUAGGAGACCUUACGUGUGAGGGAGGAGGGAGAGGAGAACUUGCAUUAGGCUGUUUCCGUCCCUCCUUGAUUGUCCCUGGUGUGAAGACAGCCCUUAAUAUGGAAUCUUCAUUUCAGGCCUUAUGCCCCAAGAGGUUAUGAAAAUGUCAGCCUUCUUACAACUACUAAUGGCAUUUCACAGUGAAACAGUAUACAGAAGAAACAUGUAAAAGUUGUAUUGCUGUAUGCUAGCAACGAACAUGUGGGCUCCACUAUCAAACAUACGUUCACAAUUACUAGUAAAACUAUACUUAGGGAUCAAUCGAACAAAGCAUGUCCAGCACUCGCAUGCCCACAGCCGUUAGCACUGAUAGAGGAAAUCGGAGAUAUAAAUAAAUGCAGAGAUAUACCAUGUUUGUGAAUUGGAAGCCUAAGCAUAGUGAAGAUGUUCAUUCUGCCCAGAUUGAUAGAUCGAUUUAAUGCAAUUCCUGUCAAAACCCAGUCAGGGUUUGUUUUCUUUUGUAGAUUGAUAGACAAGAUGAUUCUAAAGUGUAUGUGGAUAGACAGAGGAAUGAAGAGUAGUUUCAGAAACAAUUUUGAAAAUAAUAAUAAAGUGGGAACAUGCAGUCUACCCAGUUUCAGAACUUCUGCGAUAGUUUUACUAAGGACGAUUGUGUGGUAUCUGCAGAAGGACAGACACAGAUCAAUAGAACAGAACAAAGAACCCAGAAAGAGUCCCCACAAAUACGCUCAACUGAGUUUUGAAAAGGGAGCCAAAGCACUUCAGUGGGGGGAAAGCUGGCCUUGCGACAGACUACAGCCAUUUCAAGCUUGUGAUGAACACACAGACGCCAGACUCAGAAAACAGCACCAGGAGCGAAGGAAGACGGGGCUUUGACGGCGGUCCCGCCAGGUGGUGACGGGAAAGGAGGGGUAGACGGUGCCCAGGGCUCUGUGGGCGGGGCCAGAGGAGGCACCCAAGGGGCGCGUCCGCGGGCCGAGCGGGCGGGAAGCUGUCCAAUCAGCGUCUGGGCAGAAGCGCCAAUGAGCGGGAAGGUUGUUGGGCGGUUGACGUGAGCGGCGGGUCUGAGCCCCGGCAGCUGAGCGCGGCGGAAGCGAGCCCUCCUUCCCUCUCCGAGGCUGGCUCGUCCCCCCAGCGCCCGGGGACCCGGUUUCGUUGUUCUCGGUGGGGACAGCACCCCGGAACCUCCACGGCCAUGGGCGCUCGUCCGAGGACGGCCUCUUUCAGCUCCUGUUCGUCCUCCUCGACAGACCCAGACGACGAGGGAGUGCGCGGCCCUUGCGAAGAUGCUUCUCCGUGCAGAGAACCAUCCGUUGAGACCUUCUGACGAGAUCAAGAAAGACAGAGGAACACAGCCUACACCUGGAGGGUCGGGAGCUUGGAAAGCAAUCUCAGAGCCGGUGAUGGCGAUCUCUUCAGAAACUCAGCCUCGCCAGUGCCCUUGGCGGCUCGAAGUCCUCUGCCCUGUUUCUUAUAUUGCACAUAUGAGUGAAACCAUUUGAUAUUUGACUUUCUCGGAUUGACUUAUUUCGCUCAGCAUAAUACCCUCCAGUUCCAUCCGUGUGCAUGUAAAUGGAAUAGAAGGAGGAAUUCACAACAAAAGAAAGAACCGGAGGAUGUACUCUCUGCCAUAGAUCUAAUUGAUAUGGACACAAUUGAGCUGAGCCUAAACCAAGAGUUGGCCGUUCAACUGACUGAGCCACCCAGCUGCCCCUCCAUUUGGUUGAAAUGAGAGAGACACAGUGAGAGAUGGAACACAAGCAGGCUUCCCGAGGAGCAGGGAGCCCGAAGCGGGGCUCGAACCCAGGACCCUGGGAUCAUGACCUGAGCCAAAGGCAGAGGCUUAACGACUGAGCCACCCGGGUGCCCCCGUCAUUUUAUUUUAUAUUCCUCUUAUUUUGGGGGGUGAAGUUGAAGAUCGUUUUUAUAUGUUUAAGAGCCAUUUAUAUUAUCUUUUACAGUGAACUGUCUGGUCAAGUAAGGAAUUCCUUUCUUGACCUUAGUAAAAUGAUAGUAACACUGUUAGGCUCUGAAGUCCUUUCUAUCAAGGCAGUGAAGGGAUUUGAGAUGGGAGGGUGACUUAGUCAGAUUGAGAAAGUGACCAAAUGACCACAGUCCUUGGGCAUGCAGGGAAUCCUCACCCUAAAGAUGGAGCCUAUGGGUAGAUUCUGUAAGAAAUGGAAAGAAAGUGCAAAGUGGUGGUUCCUGAGAAUAAGGACAUGGACCUUACUUGGAGCUGAGGGUGAACCCAGGCAUCAGGGAGAUGGGGCCAGGCCUGGCUAAGAGGCCUGAAAUCCUCUCUCCCAGGCUCCUGAGGCAGCUUUCCUAACCAGGGCUACAGAGGUGGGAACCCAAGUUGGGGCCCUGGGAGCUAGACGCCCCAGGCAGGGUGUCAGCCGGCCUUCCUUCCUUCUUCCUCUGCAUGGGCUGGCAUCUCCAGACCGGACCCCCUAGGAGAGGGCUUCCCAGGCAACAUGUGGUGAGCAUCUUUAAAGUUUUGUUCCAAUAAUCUCUCUGUUGUGGACGAUAUUCUAUAACAUACAUGAAAAAUGAUUUCCUAGAAAGAUAAAAUGCAAGAGACACAUCAAAUAGAAGCUCAAGUUAUUUAUGAGGAGAAUCAAUAGACGUAGAAUUCCUAUGUCACAUUGCAGUAAGUUUCUAAAUGCUACUGAAAUUUUGUUCUUAAAGUAGUUAUACUUUAAACAACAGGGCUUUAGAACAGAUAUUAUCUUCCAUUUCCCCCACUUAGAACAGAUACUGUUUUCCAUUUUCCCCCCUUUUAUUCCUCAUCGCCUUCACUCCAGCUCCCCAACCCACAGCUGAACCAGUCCAUUUAUUCGGCAACGUUUGCUCAUGCCUUCCCCUCCCGCAGACGGUCUAUGAGGCCACUUUAUAAACAGGGGCUCUUACCCACACAGGAUGGAGAGGAAGGGAACGUGGUGGAAAUACGGCUUUUCUUUUCUUUUUUUUUUUUUUUUUUUGCUUUGACAUUUAUCUGCCCCAUUUCCUGACCCCAGAAUCUUAUUUUCGUCAUGAUCUCGCAUUGUUGAGUUUUCACAGAGUCUUGAGAGGCUUACACCUAACCAAGAGAAAGUACAUUUCCAAGAGGAACAUUUAGAUCUGAUUUUUCAUGUAAAACCCUUGUCUUUCUUAUGUAAAAUUAUGGGACUUUUUUUUUUUUUAAGAUGGUUAAUUCCACCAUCAAGUAGAUUGUACUUACUUGAGUUCAAACAGCUUUUUAAAAAAAAAAAACUGGGUGUUACACGCAAAUCAUGAAUCAUGGAACGCUGUAUCAAAAACUACUGAAGCACUAUAUGGUGAUUAACAUAACCGAAAACAAAAAACAAGAGAAUGUGAAAGUCACUCUUUCUCCCAUGAAGUCCACAGAUAAACCGCUGACCCCAAAGAAGAGCAGAAGAGUCCUCAUUGGCUCUUCUCCUGGGCUGGGCUCUGCAGGGAUGAUUUCCAACCUGACUGAGCGAUAGCUUGUCUCUGUCUCUCGGGAUAUUUUGCUCGAGUCCAUGGCAUCAGCCAGCUGCUGAAGGCAUUUCUACGGAAGACAGAAUGUCAUUAUCAAAUUCUAAAUCUUGGGGCUGGGGUAGAUACCACCUUCUGGAGAUUAAAGGUAAAUGAAAAUUCCCCUUCUUCUUUCCCGAAUUGUUUCAUUCGUGAAGGUGCCCGCCUGGUUCAAAAAUGUUAAAAAUAUAUUCAGAAGGAAUGCAGUGACUGCCUGUCUCGCGCCCCUGUCCCCAGCUGCUUGCACCUGCUGCCACCCUCAGCCACAUACGUGAUGUCCCCAGGGCCUCGCUGAAGGAUAGGUGCCUGGCUUCCCAUCCUUUGCUGUUGCAACAGGGGUUAUGAUAAAAAAAAGUCCUUGUAGACAUGUCCUCAGCACGUGUGGAAGAGCCCUGCCAGUGGAAUUGUGAGACCCAGAGCCCCUGCAUCUGCCAUAUUGACGAUAAGGAAGAGGUUUCCUUUUUUAUUAUGUUAUGUUACUCACCAUUCAUUACACCAUUAGUUUUUGAUGUAGCGUUCCGUGAUUCAUUGUUUGUGCAUCACACCCAGUGCUCCGUGCAGAACGUGCCUUCCCCAAUAUCCAUCACCAGGCUACACCAUCCUCUCACCUCGCUCUCCUCUAGAACCCUCAGUUUGUUUUUCAGAGUCCAUAGUCUCUCAUGGUUCAUCUCCCCCUCCCAUUUCCCCACCUUCAUUCUUCCCCUCCUGCUAUCUUCUUUUUUUUUUUAACAUAUAAUGUAUUAUUUCUUUCAGACGUACAGAUCUGUGAUGCAACAGUCUUACACAAUUCACAGCGCUCACCAUAGCACAUACCCUCCCCAAUGCCUUAUCACCCAGCCACCCCAUCCCUCCCACCCCCCACCACUCCAGCAACCCUGAGUUUGUUUCCUGAGAUUAAGAAUUCUUCGUAUCAGUGAGGUCAUACGAUACAUGUCUUUCUCUGAUUGACUGAUUUCGCUCAGCAUAACACCCUCCAGUUCCAUCCAUGUCUGAUAACGAUGAUUUUAUGGUCGUCAUGACAGUGUCCUCGGUACGGUUUGAGGAUGUGCAAGGCUGGGUGAUGGUGAUAUGAAACAAAGGCCUUUUGUAGCUGUUCCCUGAUUUGGUCCCUCACCUGCUCUGUUAGGGGGCAAGAACAGGUGUAUGUAACUACGCUCAUUGACGGGAAAGGCGACGGGUCUGGUUAGUGGCAGAACCAGGACAAUAGGACUGCAGCUCCUGCAAGUCCGGGUUCCUUCCCUGUUCUCUACACAGGGCCUUGUGCUUGUUCAGGGGAAUCUUUGCGGUCUGUCGAUUCACGGUGUGUGUGUACCUCAGGCCCCACGUCUGUGUCCCGUGUCAUAAGUCAUAAAGGCACAGCCACGGCGCUUACUAGGGCAGGUCCUGCUGGGAGAGUCUCCCGUGUAUGUAUUUCCUCAGGAAUCCUCACAACCCCGUGAGGUGCUAUCACUUUCUCUACUGUGCAGACGAGGAACGCUUGGCCCGGGGAGGUGAGUGACUUCCAGCGCCUCACAGCAGACACGUGGUGGAGCUGGGAUCGGAAGCCCAUUCCCCGGCUCCAGAGUGCCGGCCCUUUCCCCCCACCGUGCUCUCCUCUCACAGAAAAAGUAGUAGUACCACAAGCUGGUGCUCGCCCUCACAGUGUGGGGUGCUUUGUGAUAUUUGCUCUUGUAUCCUAUUUGAUCCCCUAAAUGCUGGUUCCCCCCCCGCCCCCCCCCACAGUGGUUUCCUGACCCUCCCUAAUCUGUCUCAGUCUGGGUUUUGGAAAAGUCUGUUAGGUUCUACUUCCCCAGCACCUCUCAGUGCGUCCCCACCUCUCAGUGUCCAUCCCCGUGGCGGCUGCCCCAGUUCAGGCUCCCCAUGACUUCUUCCCUGGACCUUCUUCCUGGAUGGCUGUGAGAUCCUCCUAACUUUUGUCCUCCGUCCGUUCUCCAUGCGGAGACCAAAGUCACCUAAAAAAUACAUUUCUGACCAUAGUGUUCGUAAUUUAAGGCGCUAAGUCCACCUUUGCUGUUUGGGGCCUAGUGUUCAGUCCAUGAAGAUGGUCGGUCAAUGUAUGAGGGAAUGCAGAAUUAGAAAACGUACUGUGUAUUUGUCCUCAGGAUGAAGAUCUUCUCCCAGGUAAGUAUUCUGAGGUCGACUUUCCAAUGAUAGUCACGAGAAAGCCGCACAGCACCACGGAACCUCACUGUGGGGUUGCUCACAAGGUCCUCGAUCUUGGGACGAGCACGUGGCCCUGCAAUGCUCUAUGAAUGGAGAACACACAGGAUGGACGUGCCAUGCACACACGUGCUUUGGUCAGACUGAACUCCCCUUUUGACCCCACUAUUGGGGAAAAAAAGAAGCAAAAGCUGUGGAAAACUCACACUUUCAUAUGUCUGCCAGCCUAAAGAGUAGGUCCAGUACAGCCACCUGCCCCAAAGACGUUGAAAGAUGUGCCCCAGAUAACGGGGCACAUGACAGUCACCUGCAGGAGCUCUCAGAACCACCCGUCGUUCCUGUUGCAGCAGCCUGAUGGUCUACCAAUUCCGGUCUGUUCUGUCAUUUCAUAAUCGAUCAUGUUUCCUGUCAAGCAUUAAAGCAGCCCCAAAGAAACCUGGAGAAGAAUCGGCUCCCAAAUCCAAAGGGAGAAAGGCUUUUUCAAAAGCUAUUCAAAAUUAAACUAAAAGUCGUCCCAAGGCGUUUCCACAAUUCUUUCCUCGCAGUUCCCAAUUUCUCAAUGUCAAGGUCUUGGGCAGUCCGGUCCACAGGGGCCCGGCUUUGGAGACAGCGGCACCUCUACAGUGCCUGGAUGGACGCCCGAACCUCGUAGGCGGAUCCGAUGGGCUCUGAUGGCCCCUUACUUAUUUAGUGCCAUGAGGCACUGGGAGGUGGAGGGUCUGCAGCGGCGGGGCGACCCGGAAAGCCUGAGGCCAUCGCCCGCAGAGCACAGCGUCCGCUCGGCCUGGGGCUCACUGGUUCCCGGAGUUUUCAGCCAGGGCAAAGCCCGGGGGAGGGCAGGGGAAGGCUCGGGUCCAGUGCGCCCAGGGCGAUGCUGGGUGGGGCCUGGACAGAGGGCGACGGGGACAGCCGACCCACCCAGCUGCUCCCCAGGGGCUCGGGCAGCGGCACCGAGCCGGGCUCCAGGUCUUGGCGUGGCGCAGCCCCAGGCCCAGACCCCGAGGCCUGAUGUGGGGCGGCGGCAAGGGACAGAGCGCGCGACCAGGAGAGCAGCCGGCCCUCCCGCGCCCGAGCCUGGUCUGGGCUCCUGCCGAUCCGGAUCGACGCGCUCGCCUGCCCACGGUCUGGUUGGUCAGCUGCUUCAUGCAGCUGGAUUGCUUCUUGCUGGCGGCGGCGGCGGGGGCCGGCACGGCCAGGGCCGGGCAGCUCGAGGAAUCGCCCGGGGGGAGGGGGGCCGACGUCGCUUCAUGUCCACCCGAGGCGGCAGUGGAAGCGGCUGUGGGCCCGGCGCCCCCCCCUCGCCGCCUCUCAUCCAGUGGCGCGGCAGGUCGGGGCCUUGGGAGGCCAGACCCGGGACGCGGUACCCAGCCCGUCCUCCACCCAGGGCGGGAACCCCGGGGCCGCCCUGUGCAGGGCCCGGAGGCCCCCUCUCGGGCACCGCCACCGCCGCCCGCGACCCCCUGCCGGGUCCAGCCGCACACCUCCGCGAGGCAGCGGAUGCGCGCAGCGCACGGAGCCACCGGUGAACCGCCAAACCCCGGUGUGGGACGCACUGUCCCCGCAGAGCUGGCAGGGCACGGAAGGACGGAACACUCUGGAGCCUCUGGAGGCUGGAAAUGCCCAAAGUCUCCUUGAGGGCCGUGCCUCUGCGCAGGUGUAGAUAUUUGUCAAAUGCACCUAGGAUCUGCUCUCCUAGGUGAAUGGAUGCAUUGCAUGCAUUGCAUGCAUUGCAUGCAUUUCCUGGGGGAAAGUCCAGGGCCAGAUGCAUUUUCUGUGGGCGGGCACCUGGGGGCAGUCAGGCAGGAGCACUCGCUAGGGGCCCACCCAGGACAGCCAGGAAGCAGGGGGAACAGGGGAAGGGGCCCAGCCCUGCGUGGGAAGUCGUGGGGCUGAGCGUCUGGGACCGGGACCGGUGGCCAGAGUCGGCCCUGGGAAGGCCCAAGGUCUCGGGCUUUCCUAGCAACGUGGCCUGCGCAGGGGAGGCGCGUGCCGGGCCCGCGCAGGCGUUGCCUAGAAACGCCUGUUGUCUUCUGAUUCUUAGCCUGGCGCAAGCAGGCGUUCUGGGACACUUGGCGGGGUAGUCCGACUGCGCUGGACGCUUUUCCACAGCGGACCGCGACAGUUAUAUGACCCGCGAAGAUGUGCUCCUGGGUUGGUGGCCUGGGCUCUGGCCUAGGCCAUUCCCAGGGAGGAGUGGAUGGCAGUGAGACUUCCUUGACCGGCUCCAACUCGGAUCUCACCAUGGACUUUGGUGAUGUCAUAUCAUCUCAGACAGAAAUCAAUAGACUCCUCAAUGAGAUCCAAAGACUGGAGGCUGAUCUUACACUUUGGAAACAUUUGUCCAAGGGACCGAAUAGCUCAGACUCCAAUGCCAUCUGGAAACUGAAGAGCACCAUCAGGGACCUAGAAGAGAGGCGGAUGAGGGAGAUCGAGGAACAUCAACUCGGAGUUGCGAUACUGCACAGUGUCCAUCAAGAAAAACUGGCCGACAUCACUGACAGGCACCGCAAACAACUCCUCGAGUAUGAAAGACGGAUAGAAGACCUGCAACAUCAAGAGUCUGCCAGUCAUGGGAAAGAUGACUUACUUCAAGAAAGGGAAACUGAGCUUAGAAGGUUGAAGCAACAACUUGCAGAAAUGGAGCGGCUGAAUGACCGUUUAAACAACGUUGCUUCUGAUCUCAGAGCAGAAAACCAAAAGUUGGUUUUGGCGCUCCAGGAUGUAAGACAUCAGCUGGAAGAAUCUAUUCUCCGGAACAACGAGGAUUCUCUGGAAAACAACACUGCUGUGAGGGCUUUAAAAAUAGAAAAAGGACGGUUAAUAGCAAAAUUGGCUCGGGCGGAAAAGAAGCUGUUGGAGGAAACAAACAAGGAUGAGCAAACUAUCAAAGAAUUGUCCCCUUUAGAGCAUGUGCAUUGCAUUCAACACAGUCAAGAGAAAGACCUGGAAAUAGUACACCUCAAAAAGAGGAUCGAGCAGAUGGACGCCGACCAUACAGAAACGAAGGAAAUGCUGUCCUCUGCUCUGGAGGAGCAGAAGCGAUUGACACAACUCGUUAAAGAGAAAGAGAUGUAUAUUGAAGAACUUACAGGAAGUCCAGAGCUUCAGGAGGAAUUCGGUCAGUCUACCCAAACCUUCAGAAGUAAUGACAUUUCCCAGCCAUCCGUGGAGGACAAAGACAGGUGUCUCCCAUCCGUGACAGGCGAAAAUCCUCAUCUGAGAGAAGAACUGGAGAGCCUAGGACAACAGAGUCGCUCUGUUCCUGCGCUCGACCCUAAAAUCCUAGACGAGAUCGUAGAACUGGAGUGUGAGGUGUUUCAACUCCAGGAGUUAAAGGAUGAUCUCGAGGAGGAAAUCAGAGAGCAGCAGAAGAUCAUUCACAACCAGCAGCAGGGGAAGAUAGGACUGCUUCAUUCUUUACAAGAGCAGAAGCAGAAAGUGGAGCAGCUCCAAUACCAGCAGGAGCAGAUGAAUAUUGAACACGCUCAGCUCCUUUCAGCGAAAGACGAGGAGAUUCAGCAUUUGCAGGACACGAUAGACCAAAUGAAAGCCCGGUUGCCUGACAAAAGCCAGCACAUUCCGACAGAAGACUGUGAUGAUGUGGAAGUCCCAACCAGUCAGCCUCUUCCCAGACAAAACGCAAGUGAAAAGCUUGAUUCACGUGAAGCCGAAACUCAAAUAUCAGUCCUAGGAAUCAAAGAACACGAACUGGAGAUGAAGCUUCUAACUGAACAGAACAUCCGACUGACGGAACAGAUCGAUCGGCUCUCCAAAGAGGAGAUUGGUAAACUAACUCAGAUUAUCCAGCAGAAAGACUUGGAGAUUCAGGGUCUUUCCAGCAGGAUCUCUGCGGCUUCUCACAGCCAGAACCGGGACGUGGAGCGACUUCAGCGGCAAUUGCAAGAGUACGCUUGGAAAAGCGAACAGGUCUUGGCGGUCUUAAAUGAGAAAACGAGGGAGAACAGCAAUCUGAGGACAGAGUAUGACAAAAUGGCGGAUAGGAUGGCUGCCACAGAAGCAGACCUCCGGCGGAUGCAAGAGGAAAAUCAAAAACUGUCCACUAGAAUGGACAGUAGUGGUCAGGAGAUGUUUAGAGAAACGAUUCAGAAUUUAUCACACAUCGUUCGAGAAAAAGACCUCGAAGUGGAUGCGUUAAGUCAGAAAUGUCAGACUUUAUUGACACUCCUGCAACCCUCCAGCCCUGGUAAUGAGGUUCGAGGCGUUCAUAUGGAUCAGUUCAAGCAGCUUCUACAGGAACGGGACACAUUAAAACAGCGAGUGAAGAUCAUGGAAGAGUGGAAACAGCAGGUGAUGACCACAGUCCAAAAUAUGAAGCGUGAGUCACCCCAGCUUGAGAGAGAGCUGGCACAACUCCAGGCGCGGGCUUUCACCAGCAGCGAGAAGGAUUCUGAACUACCGACGACCUCUAGUGACCUGAUGCAGACGUACAAAGGCAAUGAAAUAAAAUUACAACAUUUAGAGAAGGAACUGGCACAAAUUCAGCUCAGCAUCGGGGAGCUUUGCAAUGCCAAGGAUCUCCUUCUAGGGAAACUGGACGUGAUUUUCCUCGAGCCCUCCCCCGACUGCUCAGAGUCAGCGGACUCUCUGGAGCCCGUGAAAUCUGACAGAGUGGGUGAGGCUUCUGAGUUGCUCCAAGUGGAGGUAGAAGAGCUGAGAAAAUCAAUGCAAGAAAAAGAUAGGAUGAUUCGAACCCUCCAGGAAGAUAAGCAGAGAUGGACUGAUUCAGUGGCUGCCACGUGGGAAGGAGAAGGCCCAGAACAGGAACACAGGGAUUCCGACAUCGAGCAGCUGAAGGAGAAACAGGCCGUUCUACAAAACUUCAUUCGGGAUCAGGAGCUCCGAAUCCAAGCGAAAAGUGAGGACUUGCUUUCUUUGCAGGAGAACUUCCGUAGCCAAGUGAGUGAAAAUGAACUUUUGAGGCAGACGGUCACCAAUCUGAAGGAGAGAAUAGCAGAGUUGGAAAUGGAUGUGUGUCAACCGAGAGAGGAAAAUGCAAAAGUCGAGGAAAACUCUCGAGAAAAGGCAGUGGGAGAUGAGGCAUUGCAAGAGACAGAUAGGCUGCUUUCAGUGAUGCGGAGAGAGGAGGAAUCCCAGGGUGCUGCGAUGAAAGAGAAGGCACUUGCUUUGGAGCAACUAUCGCAAGAGAGAGAAGAGCACGAGACCGGGGUAUUGAACCGGCCGGUCAGUGCAGUUCCAUCAAUGCAGGGAAAGACAGUUCUGUGCCAACAGGGGAGAGAUGAAGUCCUGUUGGCCCUGACACAGAAACAAAUGGAAACCUGUGCCCUCCAGAAGGAGGUUUGCCAUUUACGUGAGAGCGAAUUACGCCUAACCCAGGAGCUGGAGAGACGGCGACACCUCGCUCUAGAAGCCGAAGACGCUCAUCGCCGGGAAGCUCUGGCCUCAGAAGACAAAGUGGCUCAACUCAGGAAGGAAGUGACGGUCUUGCAGGGAAGACUCGUUUUGUCUUCCACUGCCAUGGAAAAUGCCAGCCGAGGAGCCAGUCUGCAGGUAGAGUCGCUGCAGGAGCAACUGCACGUGGUGACCCAGCAGAAAGAGGACACUGCGCUCCAGCUUGCUGCCUCGCAGGAAGAAGGAAGGCAGUAUGGUCACAUCCUAGCUGACCUCAAGUUGGAACUCGCCGAAUGGAUGGAAAAGGCAGACAGCCUCGAAGGAAAACUGAAGUCAUUGCAGGGACGAUUACAUAAAACAAAUGCUGACUUGGAGCUGAAGGAAGACCAACUCCAAGAAUUCCAGAAACAGAAUGAGGUCCAGCAGGAAAUCCUGGAGGACACACAGAAGAAACUGAUGAACUUAGUCAGUAAGUCCGAAGGAAUGGUGGACAAAACCCUACUAAGGAGACUCUUCCUGGGAUCUUUCCAAGCCCCUGACGCUGAACGGCAGGAAGCCUUAAGGUUGAUGGGAAGCAUGCUGGGGAUCCGAGAAGACCAGAUGCGGCAGCUGUUCAGUGAAGGGCCAGGUGGUGGUACCAGCUGGAUGAGUCGGGGGCCUGGAUCCAAAAGCGCCCCCAACACACGUGUGAAGCCAAAUCACCGACCUAUGGCCAAGAAUUCUUUUUCAGGGCUUUUCGUCCAGUUUCUAGAAGCGGAAUCUCAUUCAGCUUUGCCACCACCAAAGCCCUCUGCUCAUGACGUGAAGCCCCCAGAUCCCGGAGGAAGGGGAAAACUGGCUAUGAAACAAGGCCCAGCACGUCUGAACACUACCCUAGCAUCCACAUCCCGGAAAAAAGAUGUGAAGCCCCGCACCACAACGGUGUCUCUUAUUACCCCACCUGGACCGGAAGCGGAUGGAUCGGAGCACCUUCUUCUAAAUGCCGUCACUGAUGCUUUGCCCACGUACGCACCCCAAAUACUGUCACCUGCGGAGAAGGUUGGAAUGGCGGCCAAAGGCCUCUCAAAGAAAUAGAGGAUUCUCAAGCCAGAGAUGAGACAGUGCUCGGAAGACCCCAAGUCACUCUGUGUGUUUACCUAAUCCCAAAAUGUCCUUUUGCAAAACGUAAUAUAUUUGCAGUCUUGCUUUCAGCUUAAUAAAAAUAUUCUUUUAUGAGUUAACAAAAAAAGGCAUCUUUUAAUGACUGCAGAGGUAUUCACCAAACUGAAAAUGGUGGGUAUUUCUUAUGAGAGUAGACACUGGUGGGGUUGGGGGCUGCGGUCAAUGGUACUUCCAGUAUUGUUUGUAAUGCUUUGAUGUUUUCAUAAGGAGCAUGUAUAUACAUAUACCUUUGGUAAGGAAAACAUCCACUCGUUUUAAUGUUCCCAACUUAUCAAAUACAUGAGCACCCACGCCUUGUUGGAGAAACUGGGUGUAUAGCAUGAAAGUUUAAGAUGAAUACAUUUUUUUAAAAAAUGCGAGUUUGAUUUUCCCAGUUAUGUCCCAUUUCUCUUUCUCCUUUUUUAUUUUUAAUUGUUUUUUCCAUUUCAUUUUAUGUUGCCUGGGAAUCUACUUCAUGGGUAACCUGAUUUAUCUCAGGCCUUUAGAAAUAUAUGUAUAUUUGUCUUUUUGGGCGUAUAGUAUUCUAUGACUUGCUUUUAAAAAAAAAAAUCACUCUGCCUUCGAGAUCUUUACAAAUGUGAAUGAAUUCCAAUUCAUUCUUUAAAAGGAAAUGCAGGCCUUUGUGGAUAUACCCUAAAUUACCGAACUAGCUCCUACUGAUCAGUAUUUAAUCGGUUUUUACUUCAAAUGUCCAUGGUCAACUCCCUUGUUCCUUUCCUCAGAAGCCACUCCAAAUCUUCGUUUGCAGUGCCAGGCUCAUUACUCC